AUGGAGUCUGUGUACUGGUUCAUCUUUGGCCUCCUGGCGGUCAUAGUUGCAGGCAUGUUGCUGACCCAGGGUGGCAUUGUAUCGGGGAACGCAUCACAGUUGCAGGCAUUCUUUUCGUUACGGAACAACUAUGUCUUCGUCUACGCCCUCAUGAUGGCUGGCGAUUGGCUCCAGGGACCUUACGUGUACGCUCUGUAUCAACAUUAUGGGUAUGGCGUCAAGGACAUUGGCCGUCUCUUUAUCGCAGGCUUCGGCUCCUCAAUGCUCUUCGGCACAGUGGUGGGGUCCCUGGCUGACAAACACGGCCGCAAAAAGGCGGCUCUGCUCUACGUCCUGACGUACGCGGCCUCCUGUGCCACGAAGCACUCCCCUGACUACGGCAUCCUCAUGUUUGGUCGUCUGUUGGGCGGCAUCGCCACGUCGCUCCUGUUCUCUGCCUUUGAGAGCUGGUUGGUGGCGGAGCACUUCUCCAGGGGCUUUGACGAGAAGUGGCUGGGUGACACAUUUUCCAAGGCCGUGUUCGUUGGCAACGGCCUGAUGGCCAUCCUUGCGGGCCUGGUGGCCUCUUACCUAGUGGAUACGCUAAAGCUGGGUCCGGUGGCGCCCUUUGACGCGGCCAUCGUGGUACUCGUGGCCGGUGGCGCCGUCAUCUACGCCUCCUGGCCGGAGAACUACGGCGACUCGGCGCGCUCGCACCCGAGGCCACCAUCUACUCGACCUGCUUUUGACGCCCCGCGUGCAGACCAGCGCAUCGCAUUGCUGGGCGCCAUGCAGUCCCUGUUCGAGGCGUCCAUGUACACCUUUGUGUUCCUGUGGACGCCGGCGUUGUCGCCCGCUGGCGAGAAGAUCUACCACGGCAUGAUCUUUGCCUGCUUCAUGACUGCCUCCAUGGCCGGCUCCUCGCUGUCGGCCAUCCUCAUGAAGCGGUACAAGGUUGAAGCGUACAUGAAGUACGUCUUUGGCCUGUCCGCGGUCGCCCUAUCCGUGCCCUUCCUCUUCCAUGUCAGCUUGUCCAAGGAGGGCAAGGAGGCAGUCCGCGGCAUCAGCCUCCAAGGACAGAUCCAGCUAGUGGCGUUCUGCGUAUUUGAGGUGCUGGUGGGCAUCUUCUGGCCGUCAAUGAUGACCCUGCGCGCCCGCUUUAUUCCCGAUGAGACCCGCUCCACCAUCAUCAACAUGUUCCGCAUCCCCCUCAACCUGUUCGUCUGCAUCAUCCUCUACAACGUGCACCUGUUCCCGCUCUCCGCCAUGUUCGCGCUGUGCUCCGUCUUCCUGGCCAUUGCCGCAGUUCUCCAGGUGAGCAGCGAGUGUGUGAACUAG